AUGGUCAGGUCUGCGUAUAAUAGGACUACUCUCUGUCGUUACGUUGUCACUAUUGAUUCGCCCGAUCACACAACACUUCUCGAUUUUCACCACUUCAGACACACUACCGGAAUGAAGCUCACCACCCUCACCACCACCCUCCUAACCCUCCUCACCACCACGACAACCGCCACCCCCACAACCUCCAAACGCUCCGGCACACCCCUCUCCCAAUCCGAAGCCGCCCGCCGCCCCACCUCCGCCGGCAUCACCUCCGUCUCCUCCGGCAGCUGCACAGACCGCACCAACAGUCGCUACACCUCCUACCAAGGUCUCCUCUCCGGCACCGUCUCCGGCGCCAUCACCCUAAAGGGCGCCUGCAACUGCGAGUUGGUUAUCACCGGCGGGACUGAGACCGGCCACGCUUCCGGGACGUACAGCCAUGCCAAUGGGUAUAAGCUGGAUUUCAGGAAGAAUGCUGCGCUGAAUGGGUAUAUCACCGGGAGUUUUGAGAGGAUUGCGAAUAGGGGGGAUGGGUAUCCGCAGUGGAGGGCGGCGAGUGGGAAUGUUUAUUGUGAUGAGGGGGAUCAUUGGGAUGUUUUGUAUUAUUAG